AUGCGCACGGGGGGGUUUUCCGCUGGUGGUAGCGUGGCGGUUGGCGUGCACUGGUCUGCCUCGGAUAGAGGGGCAGCCGCAAGGCGGCAAGGCACUACGCUGUUACUGUACGGGCGCGGAGCGGGUGCGGAGACAAAGGCGGAAGGUUUUGGUGCUUGCACUGCUUUUGGACAGCCUCGUGCGCGCAAUCAACACGGUUGUCGAGAAAGCGAUUGUGACUCUAUGAAGACGAGGAAGGACGCGCGAGCUUCGACACUUGUAACCCAGAGAGCCGCGCGUCUGGUUCGUGCUAUGUGA